AUGGGCGUGGGGCUGGCUGUGAUCUGCACCCUGCUCCUGGCUGCCUCCCAGGUCAGCAAUGAUGCUGUGCCCUGGGGACCCCCAGGUAGCCCUGACCAAGGUACUGGCAGCUUCUGGGGCCCACUAGGAGGCUCAGCCUCUGGCAGUGGCUGGGGACCCCAGGAGGUCCAGAGCACUGGCAGUGGCCGGGACUCUUCAGCCGAGCCAGAUGGCAAUAGUGACUGGGGGCUCCCGGAAGGCCCUGACUACGGCAGCGGUCAGGGACCCUCGGGCAGCCCCGCUGACACCAAGGGCUCAGAGCCCAUACACCCACUCUUCUUCUCCCUGGAUUACCAGCACGUGCAGGUGCCCUUCGAGAUCACACUGUGGAUCAUGCUGGCCUCACUGGCCAAAAUUGGGUUUCACCUUUACAGCAAACUGCCCUCAGUUGUUCCAGAAAGCUGCUUGUUAAUUUUUGUGGGGCUCGUCAUGGGAGGCAUCAUUUAUGGCUUAAAUGAUAAAUCCCCACCUGUCAUGGACAGCGACAUAUUCUUUCUCUACUUGCUCCCCCCGAUCGUCCUUGACGCGGGCUACUUUAUGCCCAGCCGGCCCUUUUUUGAGAACAUUGGCACCAUCCUUCUGUAUGCAGUUGUGGGCACUCUGUGGAAUGUGCUUGGGAUUGGCUUUUCCCUCUAUGGUAUCUGCCAGGUGGAAUACUUCAGCCUGCGUGAUGUUUCCUUGCUCCAUAACCUCUGGUUUGGGACCCUGAUUGCCGCUGUGGAUCCCGUGGCUGUGCUGUCUGUGUUUGCAGAGAUGCACGUGAAUGAGAAGCUUCACAUUUUGGUUUUUGGAGAGUCUCUCCUCAAUGAUGCUGUGAUUGUUGUGCUCUAUAAAUUAUUUCAGUCUUUCAGUGAAAUGCCAUCUAUCACGACACUGGACAUUUUGGCUGGAAUGGGAAAGUUCUUUGUGGUUGGCAUUGGAGGAAUCUUCAUCGGUCUCCUGUUUGGAAUGGUUGCUGCCUUUACCACUCGCUUUACCAAGGCCACCCGUGUCAUCGAACCCCUCUUUGUCUUCUUGUAUAGCUACCUUUCCUACCUCAGCGCAGAAAUGUUUCACCUGUCUGGGAUUGUGGCCAUCAUUGCCUGUGCCAUGAGUAUGAAGCGCUAUGUAGAGGCCAACAUUUCCCAGAAGUCUCAUACCACCAUCAAGUACUUUAUGAAGAUGUGGAGCAGUGUGAGUGAUACGCUUAUCUUCAUCUUCCUGGGGGUUUCAACCAUUGGCGAGAACCAUGAGUGGAAUUGGCCAUACAUUUGUUUCACCAUCACUUUCUGCCUCGUGUGGAGAGCAUUAGGUGUCCUCGUGCUGACCUUCUUUGUGAAUAAAUGUCACGUGAACACUGUCACCAGAAAGGAUCAGUUCAUUAUCGCCUAUGGUGGAUUGAGGGGGGCCAUCUGUUUCUCCCUCGUUUUUCUCCUCCCUGACUUUCCCCGGAAGAAGCUCUUCAUUGCAGCAACCACGGUGGUGAUCCUCUUCACAGUUUUUAUACAGGGAAUGACCAUCCGACCUCUUGUUGACUUACUAGACGUGACCAGAGGAAGAGAAACUUCUCCAACUGUGAGUGAACAGAUUCAUAUUCGAUUCUUGGAUCACUUGCUGGCUGGCAUUGAAGAUAUAUCUGGACACUGGGGACAGUAUUACUGGAAAGACAAGUAAGAAGCUGCCAGAAAUACAAUUGUAUACAUGUAUAGAAAGUAAAAAAAGAUGAAACCUA